CUUUAGUGAAAAAUUCGAGUAUCUGGUGCUUCGUGGUGUUAACAUGUGCUCAUUUAUCGUUGACACUAUUUCCCUUAAAAAUGUUAUUGUUUGCUGAUCGACAAAAUACGUGGCAACUAACUUAGAAAAUCUAAUUGGUGUUGUGCGGUGGUGCUGGUUAAGAAGACCCGGAUCGAAAUGCCGAAACUUAUGGAUAAUAAGGGUUACAUAUCUGACAAAGGUACCGAACUGAAGAAAGUUGUGAUAAACGGUACCCAGACUCAGACAGAGGAGCCGGGUCCAUCCAAGCCGAUCACCUGCACUCCGGACGUCUGCAGACAGGCCCGGCAAAGGUUCCAGCCGCCGGACUUGGCCGACAGCCCGUGGCACACCAAGAAGACAUACUUCUUCUUCGGCAUCAUCGUUCUGCUAGUCAUCUGGGCCAUCAUCUACGGCUUGCUGACGCACUUCGACGUCGUCUGAAUUGUGAUAUUUAGCUUAGGUUUUAUUUUAAUUAAUCAUUAUUUGUAAGGAGUAUGUUUUUAUUUUAGAUUUAGAUAGGCAAAAUCGACUAAAAUCAAGUGCCUUCCAACGAUUCUAUUUUUAUUAUUAAAUGUUUUAUUUUAUGAGAUUAACGGUAAGAUGUACAUAGAAUAUUUGUUGGAUAUUAUCAUCGGCGACAUUAUUAUUUUUAUUAUUGAUCAUUUUAUUAUUUUAAUAAAAUCAUAUAUCACAUUAUGUUGUAUAUGUUAAACACAUUUUAUUUAUUUUAUGAAUUACUCAGUUUGUUAUGAUCAAUGAACAUGUUUAUUGUGAGAUUAUUGUUAAUUUUAUUAGUUUUUACACAACUGAAAGAUUAAAAAUUAUAUUACCUUUUGUAGUAUUUUUAUAAUAUUUACAAAUGCUUUGUUUAUACUAACGAAUGAAUAGGUAAUUCGAAUUUAAUUAUUCUAUAAUUCAUUAUAGAUAGAGUUAUAGGUAUACAUAAAAAUGAAUUUUAAAAUAAUUACACUAUCAUACAAAAGAUAAUUGCUGAUAUGAAUAAUAGUAGUUAUAAACAAACUGUUAACUAUUUGCACCGUUAUGCGUUUUGAUUUGUUAUUGUACUAGAUAAUUUUAAUAAUUUGUUGUUGAUCCAAUAAAAACUAGAAAAUUUUA